GCGAGUCGCCGCCAUAUUGUAAAAAAUUGUCGGCUGCGUUGCAGUGAAAUAAAACACCGAAUGUUUAAAUAAACGUAAAUAAUCGUGCAGUGUUGUCCGUAGAAUUGAACUACUUUAAUCAGCGAACUCCGGAGCUCUUCAUCGUGCCAGUUAUCUAAAGUGUGUUGUAGGGCAAAAAAAUGAGUCAAGCAAAAUCGAAGAACGUUGCGCAGGUAGGAGGGACGAAAUCUGAUGAAACUGAAAAUCCUCCUGUUGAGAGCGUUGAUCAGCUUGAAGAUGAAGUGACUGAAGAUCAACCUGAUGAAAAUGAAGAUCAACCUGAUGAAAAUGAAGAGCAACUGGAUGAAAAUGAUUAUCCGCCUAAUGGCGAAGAAUUCGAAUCUGCUGGUGGAGAUCAGGAUGAAUUAAAUUGCGAUGAAGAAGCUGUCCCGAUUGACUCGGAGGAGUUACCCAAUGCCGAUGAUGCGUCUGAUGAACUUGUGACUAAUACAGAACCUGAAGGUGAUUUCGAACCUAAUCCCGAAUCCGAAGAUCCGCCAGCGGACGCUGAGACCAAUCUGGAAUCAGGCGAUGCGCCUGCUUCAGAAUCUCCAGAUGAUAAAAAAGAAACCUCAGUCCCAAAUCAGAAAGGUGUCAAGAAGGGAGCCAAGGGCCAGAAUUGCGAUAAAUACGGAUGGCCAAUCGGUUCCAAGUACGCAACCGAAGAUGGCACGUCAAAUGAAACGAGUUUAGUCGAGGACGCGGAAGCAGACGCAGAUGGUGACAACAAGGCAAAUGUAAAAGCCGAGCCUGGCAAGGUGGAGGAAGAGAUCCUUUUCAAAGUUACGUCGUCCUACGUGAAUAAAAGGUCCAACAUGAGGAAAACUGUGAUUAACGUGGAAGAUGUGGAAGGUGCAAUAACAGAGGGCAUCCAGGCAGGCACACACCUACCCCAUUUCGUGACAUAUCUUGGUCAGAAAAUCAAGUUUCGACUCACUCUAUCCCGUACACCCGACAAGAAAUUAAAAAUAACGAUAAAGUUUGGCGGUACCGGUGUGGAAAUUCUAAAAAAGAUCGUCUGCCUUUGGCUGUGUCGCGAGGACGAGGACAAGGAUAAAAUACUUUGUCAGGGUCUGACGAGAAACAAGGAGGAACUGCUGAUUGUUCUGGCGCAAAAGUUUAAAGAGAUUGAGCAUAUUAAGGAAGAUCCGGUUGCUCUCUUCGAGGAAAUCAAGCAAUUGGUGCCAGAGUUGCGUGGCAAGGAAGGCUUGAGAAGCAAAGACGAGGCUUUUCUCACUGCCUAUAAAAGUUUAGACGAGAAAUUGGCCACCCUCAUGACGAUACUGUACAAGGAGGGCUGCAAACGGGGCGAAGGCGAGAACGAGGAAACUCUCGCGCUCUUUCGAGACAUGUAUUUCGAAUUUCAGAUUAAACCCGAGUUUACGCUAAAACAGUAUCUCUGGGCAUUCUAUUACUACAAUUUAAUGUUCACGCCUCAUAUCUGCCGAGAUUUGGAACAAAUGAUGCAGCAGUACGCGACAAUAAAGAAUAUUGAACUCCCGUCGACCCCGGCACUGAUUUUCCCACCUGGAGGACAAACCUCAACUGUGCCGAAUCCCUAUCUGAAAAAGAAAGAGCCAACUCCAGAAGAUAAUGCUCUUAUUGAGAUGGGUGCCCUGAGUUCGGACGGAUUUAUACCGGCAGAGGGCGAUCAGUUCAAAAAGCCGCUGAAUCCGAAGAGGCGCACCGCACAGAGGAGGAGACAAGCGUAUCAGAGAAACAGAAAGGGACCCGACACUCCAAAUAAUAAGGGUAAUUCGCCAAAUCAGAGGAAUCUGGUGAAUCCGAGAAAUGCAUCCGCCCCGAGGAAUAAUGCGCCAAGGAAUAAUGCACCAAGAAACCAGCCCAAUCAGAGAAAUCUGUCAAAUCAGAGAAAUCAACAGAAUCCAAGAAAUUCGAACAGUGAGAGAAGUGAGCCGAUGCAGAGGAGUCCUGCCAACAAAAGACGCCAAGGAAAUCAGGGUGGAGCAGCGAAUAAAAAACGACCUGCGAAUGAUGGCGAUGGAUCCGUUCAAGGCGAUCCACCAGUUGCACCAGUUUCCGUCAAUCAAGGGAAUCAGCCGAAAAAGCCGGUGAAUCGAAGAAGGCCUCCUGGUCAGAGGAAUAAUCAGCCUGCUCAGAGGAACAAUCAACCGCUUCCGAGGAAUAAUCAGAGGAACAAUAUGCCGAGUCCGCGAAACAAUCAGUCGAAUUCAAGGAACAAUAAUCAAGUUCCGUCGAGAAAUUCGAGACUUCGGAGAAAGAGACCGGAACGUCAUGUUCGCGAGCAGCUGAAUCAGAUGAAGCAGAUGUCGCGGGGACCGCGAGAGCCAAAUUUCAUAAUGGAUGUGCCACGCAAUCUCUUCUCCUCCUCGCACAUUAAUCCCGAUUUCCUGUCAAUGAAUUUGCGCAACGAUGACUUUAUGCAGCACAACGAUAUGCGCAAUCAGGACUUUGGGCGAAAUCAGAACUUUAACGACAACCAGCGCAGCCCGAGCUUUUCUCAGUCGAGCUCUCGCAAUCAGAGUUUCUCGCAGGGAAAUCAGUCACGCAACAACAGCUUUUCCGGGUCAAAUGCUCCUCGCAGCCUCUUCUCGCAGGACUUUUUCGACAUGCCGCAAAAUCAGAAUUACUCGCAGAAUAGCUCGAUGGGACAGAGCUUCUCGCAGCAAGAUUCCCUGAGGAUGCCUGGCCGAGCGUCGGACUUUUUUAUCAAUUCGCAGGAUUUUUUCUCAGGGCCAAGCAACUACUCGAACAACAGGUCUAGUUCGCUGAACCGACUUCGGGACGAGAUGCAACUUUCGGCUUUCAACAAUUCAAGAAUGGGAUUUGCUAACGACAACUUUAACGACAAUGAUCAAAACAGGGGCAAGAGGAAGAAUUACCGCGAUAGCUGGUCCAGCAAACGUCAGAAGCAAGGCACGUAAUUAAUAUAUAUUAGGACUCUUCGAAUUAAUACGGCUAAAGAGAAUUUAAGUGAAUAGCAGCAAGUGGAAAAAACAAGAAAGUAGGGUUGUUUUUAUGCAGUCUCACUGUUUUGUUUGCUUGCUUCGAUGCUUGGAUCUAGAGGCUGAUUUCUUCGUCUAAAUGAAAUUCAUUUUAUGCGAGAGUCCCGAUUUUUUGGUGUAAGGUCAAUUUUGUUUAUGUAAAGAAAUCGAGAAGAAUUGAGGCGAAGAGAGCAAAUUGAAAAUAGUCUUUUAUACUACAUAAGUCGAAUAUAAGAAUGGCGACUACUGGAAAGUCUCUGGAGAUGCAAAAUUAACUGGGUUCUUUUUUUGUUGUUUUUUUUUUUUGCCUUUCGUUUCAGCCUGUUUUAUUGUUCUGAAUUGAGAGUAAUUGUAUUUUCAUGUCUCACACAUUCCAGAUAAGAAUAUCGGAAAUUGCUGAAGUCUCUUUCGUGGGAAAUUUGUAUGAAAAGAGUGUUUUAAUGAAACCUUUUUAAUAAUUGUGAAUUAACGGGCUAAAAAAAAGUAUUCCGAGAAGGGAGAAUAUUCUCCAGAGAUUUUGCUGAAAGAGACUUGUUGUUGCUAAAAGGAAGUCGAGAUUCAUUGCAUCUUAAAAUCGUGUGUUGUGUUAAUAAGAAGAUUAUCCCAGUGCACUUUAUGUAUUUUGAGCCCCAAAUAGAACUUGAUUGGACCUGUUUUGACAAUUGGAGUUGAAUAAACUGAUUGCUACACUUAUAGAAUUCUCUUCUUACUCAGUUUUAAUUAAUCACAUGUAUUGUGCAUUCUUAUUAGAAUUUAUAGAAUCGAGUUUCAAGUAGCUAAGUUUUUUUGUUUAAGAACUUAUAUUGAUUUAUAGAAAUAAGUAUUCAUUGAAAAUACUUAAGAUAUUUCGAAAUCUUGUAUAUUCUAAUCUAGGAUAUUGUAACAGUGAAAAAAGGUUUCAAUUAUAAAAUUCCGAAAAAUAAAAGUAUUCGUA